AUGAGCAUUAACUUUUAAGAGUAGUCAAAUAUCACUAAAACUUUUAAGCCUGAAGAUCUCUAAGACAUCUAAGAGUAAUUUUCUUAUUUUAAACAAUUUGUUCCAUAUAGCUAGCAAGAUAUUCCUUAGUCAUUCAUAACAAGCAGUAACAUUUCAGAGGAAGACAAACUAUAAAUUAUCAAACAGAUCGACCAGUUAAAAUUUUCAGAGAAGAGAGACGACGCUCUUAUAGAAUUAAGCAGGCAGCGAGAGCAUUUUACUGAAUUAGCACCAUAUAUUUGGAAUACAGUAGGAACAAUCGCAGCAUUACUUUAGGAAAUAAUAGCUGUUUAUCCCUUACUUUCCCCUCCAAACCUCGAUACCAAAACUUCAAACAAAGCUUGCAACGUGUUGGCUCUUCUAUAAUCAGUAGCAUCACACAAGGAGACUAAGUCUCUUUUCCUUAAAGCACAUAUUCCUUUGUUUUUGUACCCUUUUCUAAAUACUGUAAGCAAGGGGAGACCCUUUGAAUACCUGAGAUUAACCUCUCUUGGAGUGAUUGGGGCUUUGGUAAAAGUGGAUGAUCCUGAAGUUAUUAACUUUUUACUACAAACUGAAAUAAUCCCACUUUGUCUUAGAAUUAUGGAGAGAGGAACUGAGUUAUCACAGACUGUAGCUACAUUUAUUAUCUAGAAAAUACUUUUUGAUGAUUAAGGUCUGAACUAUCUCUGUCAAACUGCAGAGAGGUUUUUUGCUGUGAGUACAGUUUUGAAUAAUAUGGUUAUAAGCUAGCACGAUAAGCCAUCUUAAAGACUAUUCAAACAUAUUCUAAGAUGCUACAGCAGACUUGGUGAGAAUAUCAAAGCUAGAAAAGCACUAAGAGAAAAUAUACCAUAGAUUAUCAAGGAUUCUAACAUCCUAACUUAGCUUGAUGAAUCCACAAGAAAAGGAAUAAAAUCCUUAUCAGAUAGUUUGUUUAGCACUUAGCUUGAAGAGUCUCUAGCUGGCCAAGACCCUUACUAAACUUAUUAAAGCUAGACAUUUUAGUUUGCUCAGUAGUAAAAGUAAGGUACAAGUUAAAUAGACUUUACUUAGGCCUUUAAUAUCUAGGGAUUGGCUCAAAAUUCUUAAAAUGUGAAGGUACAAAUCAUAAACAGACCAAUGAGUUCCCAUGAUUAGAUAGUCUAAAAUUAACAACAACAGCAGCAGUAACAAGUUCCUAUGACCUAUCCAUAGACUCCUCCAAUUCAAAUGUAGCAGCAAAUGCAAUAAUAACAAAAACUUGUUCAGCCAAUACCUGUUCAGCAGCAUAACCCAAUGCAUAUGGUCAAUUAGCAAUAUGCUAUGAAUCAAAUGCAGUACAGAAGAGUUGUGAAUUAAACUACUCCUACUUAAUAGCCCAUGUUUAUGAAUUAUCAACCAUCUCCUAUAAUGUAGAACCAAUUCCAAAGUAUGAACAACGUGAACCAAGGAAGCCAGUUCCAGAAAUAAGGAGAUAAAAAUCAAUAAUAAUAGCAAUAGAACUAGCCUUAAUCUCAAAAGACAACUAAUUUUAAAGCACUAGGAAAUCUCAGAUAAUGA